GAAUCAGACAAGAAUUGGAUGUGUGAUCUGAUGCGAAACACCCUCCCAACUUCUAGAAACUUGUGCGCACAUGUAUUUUGGCCGUGGGGGUUCAAGUUGGCUAUAUGAGAUCAAUUCAGGAAUGUGAUACAACAGAAUAUCAACAUGGCCAACUGCCGGGAUGUUGGACGAUUCCAUCCGCAGAAAGUCAUCCAUCAUCCAUCUUGCCAUUUAGUUUUACAUGGUACGUUCAAACUUCAAUCUUGAAAAUGGCCAGAAAUGUCGAGUCUUAUACUUCCUGUACAUACAAGACCGCCAAAGUGGCCUGUGCACCUUUCAAGCUGACUCAGCUGAGAUGCCCUGUCUCAAGCCUGCCGAGCUGUUGCUGGCGCUUCCACAGAAGGAAAGCAGCCUGGCGGCAGGCAUUGGAUCUGCUCUCGCACUGCCCGCCGCGCGGCCCAAUGGCGGGGUCGAGGCGGCCGCCAAGGUUCCUGCUUCCAGGUCGUCUUUCAGCAAAGAAAGCCACUGAAAGGUUCCUGGACGGCAUGUGGACUGUUUCCGGGACCCUGUGACGGUUAUGACAUGGACAGCUCCUUUGACCAGAACAACAAGCAAGCCAGAGCCCAUUCCAUGGCCGCCGGAUCUCUUGGUCUUCUCCCACGACACCCAAAGCCUGGCUGAUUCCAAGGAACAAACAAUGAAAGCUGGAUCACCUGAUCUCGACAAUCCCAUAAUCUUCCCUAAUCCGAGCGACAAGAGCAAGAACAACAUCCGUUGCGAUAGCUUCGAGUAGCUCUCAAGGUUCACCAACCAGCCGAGCCAGGGCAAGCCAUUGCGAUUACGACAGCGACCAAAGAAUCCCCGCGACGACCGACAAACAGAAGGAAACACUACAACAACAGCAAACAGACAACACCGACAGUGUAUUCUUGUUAGUACACGGCGACCAUGGGAAGCGCAACGAUAGAGGCCGGGAGCCGGCCCAUGAAUGUCAGGGAGAUAUCCGAGAAAGCAAAGCAAUACGACUGGAAUCCCCGGAUUGGCUUCAAGUUCUGGGCGCGCGCUGCCAACACCAUCCAUCAUGAGGGUCAGAUCUACCUUCAAGAAGGAAGCAUAGCGCAAGCUUACAUGUUUCUGCUCCGCUACUGCACCCUCGUCCUCGAGGAUAUGGCGAAGCACCCGGAAGCCAAACUCCCCGAAAACCGAAGUCUGAUGAAGCAACUGAACGCACGCAUAAACACCGUGGUUGAACAGCUUGAACAGCUCAAGCCCCAGAUAGAGGAGGCCUAUGCGAAGUGGCAGCAGCUCACGGCCAGCGUACAAGACAGCAGGGAGAAGCGGCUAUCUACAUCUUCCCAAUACUCUAGACACGCUGCCAACGACGCUGCUCUGUCAUGGAACCAUCUUUCUCAGGCUAAGAUCCUGGAUGCUGGAUCAAACCAAGAGUUGGCAGUCGACCUUGCUAGGGAGGCGCUGCUUAAGCGACGGAGACGACGACGGCAAGAGAGUGCUGAUGAAGAUGAACGCAUGCACAGGCCUCCAUCAGGUUACAGAGAGGAGAGAGGUUAUGAUGCGGGCAGGAGACAGCAAUAUCCUACUCCACCACUAACGCACCAUCGCUAUUCGGAAGACGAUGACCUUCGCCGGCAAAUGGAGGCUACAAGACGACAAUUGGACCGCUCGGGAGGCUACGGGGUUUCGGAAACUGACAACGGUACCAGCGACACUGACAGCUAUCAAUCCGUCAACUAUCACUACCCAGCCAUCAAACCGACAUCUACUUAUACCUACGACUACCCGAAGCCGGCCUCACGGCCGGAAAGCCCAAAACCACAGCCACCACUUCCGCCCAAGGUGAUCCCCUUUGAGCGACCAGUACCCGUAACCAGACCUCCUCCACCACCUCCACGCCCACGGAAGGGUUCGGGGUCGUUGAACAGAGAUUCAAGGAGGAAUGUUAUGCUUCCUAGUCAGACUAUUCGACUAGUAACCGACGAGGACGAUGUCGACGAUAAGCCCGCAAGACCGCCCAAAGUAAGUGAACCGCUGCCGCCGCCGCCAGAAACGCAGCCAAAAGAAGCGAACAAAGUCACCUUCCGCCCCGUCGCCUACCUCGAAAGCGGCGAACCUCUCCGAUCCGUGUUCCUCCCCAGCGGUCUCCGCCGUCGUUUCCUCGAACUAGCCCGUGGAAACACCAUCAGGGAGCUGGAGAUGUGCGGCAUCCUCUGUGGCACGCUCAUCAAUAAUGCCCUGUUCAUCACCUGCCUGCUCAUUCCUGAACAAGAGUGCACCUCGGACACAUGCGAGACCAUCAACGAGGAAGCGUACGUCACGUACUGCAUCGAGAACGACCUGCUCGUCCUCGGUUGGAUCCACACUCAUCCGACGCAGACGUGCUUCAUGAGCUCGAGAGACUUGCAUACCCAUGCCGGAUACCAGACCAUGAUGAAGGAGAGCAUUGCCAUUGUUUGUGCGCCGAGAUAUGAUCCCUCAUACGGUAUCUUCCGCCUCACGGACCCUCCCGGUCUCCCACACAUCAUCAACUGCAACACCCCCGGCGUCUUCCAUCAGCACGCCAUUCCCUCCGACGAGAUUUACUGUAGUGCCCGUCAUGCACCAGGGCACGUGUUUGAGUCAAGCAGGGUUGACUUUGAGGUGGUGGAUCUGAGGCCUGAGGGGUCCAAGGUGCCGCCGUUCAAGAGGUAUUAGUGAUCACCCCUCGAGUCCCUCGGCCGCGGUUAUGAAGGUGGGAUGGAAGGUGAGGAAGAGUGUGAAUCAUGAGUUGUCGGUUGGAGAGUUUUAGCGCUCGCUUGUGUUUUGAUCAUGUUGGACGAGUUGUGGCUGCUGAAGAGCCGCAUGCGCAAAAAGCUAUGCUUAGCUGGGAGUGCAUGCUUUGAGUACAGGAGUUAGAGACUAGCGUGUAUGGGUAGCAUAGCGAAGGCGUUUAUGGUUGGCGCAAUGUACUAACAGACACAAGGGGCCAAGAAGGAGCAUGAUCUUGGACUCCUGGAGGCUGCAAAAGCCAAAAAGGGAUUGCGAUGGGAUGACUGGAGGCCGGUUGUUCUUAUAGUCGAUGUAUCAUACCAUAUGGAGACAGACGGUAAACAUAUGAUCACAAAGCUACCUAAGAGUCUAUUCGUGUCCAAAGU